CUUCAUUUUGUUUUUCCGGGUCCGCUCCAUCUUCCAGCGCCGACCAAUCUGUGGCUAAAACCGCAUCUUCCAUCUCCCUGCUGGAAAGGGCUGCAUUCACAAAAUAUCCUUAUAUUUCUCGUCAGUUAAUAUAUCGCUGAUUGAGAAGCUGUCAAAAUGACUGACUCCAAAUAUUUUACCACAAACAAAAAAGGUGAGAUCUUUGAGCUGAAGGCAGAGCUGAACAAUGAGAAAAAGGAGAAGAGGAAAGAGGCUGUCAAGAAAGUCAUUGCGGCCAUGACAGUGGGCAAGGAUGUCAGUUCCUUAUUUCCAGAUGUGGUGAACUGCAUGCAGACUGAUAACCUGGAGCUGAAGAAACUGGUUUAUCUAUACCUAAUGAACUAUGCCAAGAGCCAGCCUGACAUGGCCAUCAUGGCCGUUAACAGCUUUGUCAAGGACUGUGAGGAUCCAAACCCACUGAUCCGGGCUUUGGCUGUGCGCACGAUGGGUUGCAUCCGUGUGGAUAAGAUCACUGAAUACCUGUGUGAGCCCUUACGGAAGUGUCUGAAGGAUGAAGACCCCUACGUGAGGAAGACCGCUGCAGUGUGUGUGGCCAAGCUGCAUGACAUCAACGCCCAGAUGGUGGAGGACCAGGGCUUCCUGGAUUCUCUCAGGGAUCUGAUCGCUGACUCCAACCCCAUGGUUGUGGCUAACGCAGUUGCGGCCUUGUCUGAAAUUAGCGAGUCUCACCCUAACAGCAACCUUCUGGACCUCAAUCCUCAAAACAUCAAUAAACUCCUGACAGCCCUCAACGAGUGCACUGAGUGGGGUCAGAUCUUCAUUCUGGAUUGCCUGUCCAACUAUAACCCCAAAGACGAACGCGAGGCCCAGAGCAUCUGUGAGCGCGUGACCCCUCGCCUGUCUCAUGCUAACUCAGCCGUGGUGCUGUCGGCAGUGAAGGUACUUAUGAAGUUUCUGGAGCUCUUGCCCAAAGACUCGGACUACUACAACACUCUGCUGAAGAAGCUCUCCCCUCCUCUCGUCACAUUGCUGUCUGGGGAGCCUGAGGUCCAGUACGUGGCCCUCAGGAACAUUAACCUUAUUGUGCAGAAAAGGCCUGAGAUUUUAAAACAAGAGAUUAAAGUGUUUUUCGUCAAGUACAAUGACCCCAUCUACGUCAAGCUGGAGAAACUGGACAUCAUGAUUCGUUUGGCCUCUCAUGCCAACAUUGCCCAGGUGCUGGCUGAACUAAAGGAGUACGCCACCGAGGUGGAUGUAGACUUUGUUCGGAAAGCAGUUCGUGCCAUUGGCCGUUGUGCUAUCAAAGUGGAACAAUCUGCUGAGCGUUGUGUCAGCACCCUCCUGGACCUCAUCCAGACCAAAGUCAAUUACGUGGUGCAAGAGGCGAUUGUGGUCAUCAGAGACAUCUUCCGCAAAUAUCCUAACAAGUAUGAAAGCAUAAUCGCCACUUUGUGUGAGAACCUGGACUCUCUGGAUGAACCUGACGCUCGAGCGGCCAUGAUCUGGAUUGUGGGCGAAUACGCAGAGCGCAUUGACAACGCCGAUGAGCUCCUGGAGAGCUUCCUUGAGGGCUUCCAUGAUGAAAGCACUCAGGUCCAGCUGACUUUGCUGACAGCCAUAGUGAAGCUGUUCCUGAAGAAGCCCUCAGAGACUCAAGAGCUGGUUCAGCAAGUGCUCAGUCUGGCCACUCAGGACUCAGAUAACCCUGACCUGCGCGAUCGCGGCUACAUCUACUGGCGUCUGCUGUCCACCGACCCUGUGACCGCUAAAGAGGUGGUGCUGUCUGAGAAGCCUCUGAUCUCCGAGGAGACGGACCUGAUUGAGCCCACCCUGCUGGACGAGCUCAUCUGCCACAUUGGCUCGCUGGCCUCCGUCUACCACAAACCCCCCAAUGCCUUUGUGGAAGGAAGCCAUGGCAUUCACCGCAAACACUUGCCCAUCCAGCACGGCAGUAUCGACACCGGGGAGAGUCCAGUCAGUGUUGGCCCGACUGCUUCUAUCGAUCAACCUCAGGUCAUUCCAUCUCAGGGUGACCUUCUGGGAGAUUUGCUUAAUCUGGACCUUGGCCCCCCUGUCAACGUACCCCAGGUGUCUUCCAUGCAGAUGGGAGCAGUGGAUCUUCUUGGUGGUGGUCUUGACAGUCUGCUCGGUGGAGAUCUGGGAGGAGGUGUUGGUGGAAGUCCUGCAGUGGGCCAGAACUUCAUCCCGUCAUCAGUACCCAACACUUUCGCGCCAUCUCCAACACCUGCUGCUCUCAGCAGUGGGCUCAAUGACCUGUUCGAGUUGUCCACAGGAAUGUCCACCGCUACAGGAGGUUACGUGGCACCAAAAACCGUAUGGUUGCCAGCAGUGAAGGCCAAAGGGCUGGAGAUAUCUGGAACUUUCUCUCGACGUCAAGGACACAUGUACAUGGACAUGACCUUCAUCAACAAAGCCCUGCAGCACAUGACUGACUUUGCCGUCCAGUUCAACAAAAACAGUUUUGGAGUCAUUCCCACUACACCCCUUCCCGUUCACACCCCACUGAUGCCCAGCCAGAGCAUCGACAUCUCCCUCCCUCUCAACACCAUCGGGCCCGUGAUGAAAAUGGACCCGCUCAACAACCUGCAGGUGGCUGUAAAAAACAAUAUUGAUGUCUUCUACUUCAGCACGCUGAUCCCUCUUAGCGUCUUCUUUGUGGAGGACGGCAAAAUGGAGCGUCAGGUGUUCCUGGCCACAUGGAAAGACAUUCCUAAUGAGAAUGAACUGCAAUAUCAGAUCAAAGACUGCCACUUAAAUGCAGAUACGGUGUCGGGCAAACUGCAAAACAACAACGUCUACACCAUCGCCAAGAGGAACGUGGAAGGCCAGGACAUGCUGUACCAGUCGCUCAAACUCACCAACGGGAUCUGGAUCCUCGCUGAACUCCGCAUACAGCCUGGCAAUCCUAAUUACACGCUCUCUCUGAAAUGCAGAGCUCCAGAAGUCUCUCAGUAUGUGUUCCAGAUGUACGAUGCCGUUCUGAAGAGCUAGGCGUCUCCGGUCUGCUCCGUACCCAAAUCUCCCUUCCUGCCAGGCACCACCAUUUUUUGGCACAGAAUCCAGCUGUAGUUUUCCAUGUCUCUUCUUCUUAUUUUCAGUUUUACUUUAUGUCCCCACAAUGAGAGAAUCAAUUACAUGUCCUGUACUAGCCAAAUGUCUUGAUGUUGUUGAUAAAGUGUUAAAGGAAAUAUGGUUCCUGGGUGAUUAUAUAUUUCAUUGGCAUCGUCUGUUCCACAUCGUAUGUAACUAUUACGGUAAAAGAAAGGUUUAUGAGUUAUAUCAGAUCUAUAAGCCAUCAGGGUGAAUGAAAACGUAGGGAAGCAGGUGUUUAAACAUAAGAGCACUUCCGGAAAUGUGAUGUUGGUGUACUUUUUAUUUAAUAUAUUGUCCUAACCAAACAAAUGCCACUGUAUCAAUAAUAGUUGACAUCUGUUUUGCAUUCUAGCAUUGCUUUCGUUGUUUCAUGCAAGUGUUAAACAAUGUGAUAUUCAUUUGCCAAUUAGUUAUGCAUGCUUUGACCACAUGAACAGAACAUUCCUUGUAAUGUUUAUGUAACUUGUUCAGCUUAACCAAUUGAACGAACAUGCUUGACACUCGAUCUAUGUCUUACAUUGUUUUAAACCGUAUGAAUCAACUUAAUGUGAUAAAAAGACCCUGUCCAUCUUAUAAAAGUGGGUCAUUCGAUAUUCAUUCCCUGAAUCCACGUGAUUGUGCUUGUGAAAGUGAGUAGAUUUUUUUUUACCAGAGGUAUUGUGCCGUAAUGUUGUUAUGUUAUGGUCAAUAUUACAAACAUUACCAAGAUUAGUAUACAGAAUAAUGUAGAUCAGUCUCAAUGCUACUUAGUACUUAAUACACUAAUACGGGGCUGCUGCAAACCUCAACAAAAUUAGGACCAAUCCCUUUGAGCUGUCCAGUACAGCAUUUCAGCUUGAUUUAUAUGAUAAAGUCAUUAGUCUUUAUGGUGGUGGUGACUAAAUGUGAACUUUUAUGUUGCCAUAGAUGCUAAUGUGCCUGUAAACCUGCAUGUAAGCAGCGUCCAAUAAACAUUUGCCCUUAAUGUGUACGAAGCAGAAAUAUUAACCCUCUUAAAAAUGUAACUUUUAUAUGUAAGUGUGAAAUUUGGCUUUAAUUGUUGUUUAUGUUGCUGUAAUGUAAUCAAAGUACUUCUAAAGUCUGACUGGCAUACAAACUGGAAAAAAAUAUAAUAAAAAUUAUCCUCCAGCUUAA